AAAGCGCGAGGGGGAUUCGUUGCUACCUUGGUGAAUGGGGUGAACCCCGAGCAUUCAGUCGGCAAAGACCAGAAAAAUCACCCGGGAGAAGGGAAAAGGCAAUGCAGGCAGGAAUCGCAACAUGCCUGUGCUCUCCUUGUUUGUGAUUUUUUUGGUAUUGGCACUGCUCGCCACGUCCCUCUUCUUCGCGGUUCAAUCACCCGAAUGUGUGACUCUGACGCUGGGAGACAGCCAUGGCUUUGCAGUCAGCUGCGACGGCACACAGCCCUCGAUACCGCGACAGGUAAUGCAGCAUCGCAGCCAUUGGUCCCCAGAAAUAGUAGCUCUGUUGUGCAGGUCUUUCUCACAACAAAAGACAAAGCAACAAUGAGAACGUGGGAAAGAAAGAACAUAAAGAAGUGCAAGAGUGUGAAUCCCGGAUGGGCUUUUAACUUGUACAACGACACGGAGAUUAAUGACUACGUGCAAGAAAGAUUUCCUGAGAUGAUGGAUGUGUGGGGAUUCUUUCGGAACAGUGUCGAGAAGACGGUAGGAGUAUGGCAUAAUUAUCACGCAGUAGGUGGCACUACUGGCAAUGCGACGAUCUGAGCAGGACUUUUGGCGAUAUCUAAUUGUCUACGACUACGGAGGAUUAUACAUGGACACCGACAUCGAUUGUCGCCGCCCCAUUGACGAGUUGAUAGUCAACAAGAGCAUUAGAGGUCAGUACUGAGAAGCAGAAGAGGAAGAAGAGGAGCCGUCUUGUUGAUGCGUCACAAAUGCGCUUUUGCAGGCCUUGUUGGUCUGGAGAACGUGCAAGAAGGGGAUGACGUAGUGCAAUUUGCGCAGGUCCAACUCUCGCUCGUUUGCCCGAGGAUCGCAACCUUUUGUCUCAUUUUGAACUGCAGUACAGUUUUGCCUUCGCCCCACGACAUGUAGUUCCACUGUGGACCCUCAAGGAGAUACGCAACAAAGUGCAGGCAAUCAAGGUAUCGGGCUCUUCAGAUGUGUACGCCCUCAACCUUACAGGACCCAUCAUAUGGACGAGCGCUAUUUUGCAGUAUAUGAGUGUCUUUGGCAUGGGUAAGGCGGCAACCUUCCAACGGGGGGAUCACCUUGUCGGCGACAUGCAGCUGCUGGACAUCAAUCGAUUUGGCGCGAUGAAAGGGCGGUCAAUUGCGACGCGUGACUGCAAGCAUCCCGACAUCUAUAUGAUCCAUCAAUUUGCCGGAAGCUGGGUUGCCAAGUACAGAGGGUACACAGACGAGCAGAUGGCAGACGGAGGGAAACAGACACGAUCAAGCAGUCGAAACAACUGGAGACCCCGUUGCGCGGACAAUCGGUGAGGGCAACAACAUCUGUGUCUAGCCACAAGGCAAAUCGAGCUGCCGGAGGAAGACCGGUCAUGUAAAAUAUUAAGCUGAUUGAUUGUGUGGAGAACUGGACGGUUGCAGGAGAAUGGGGUCGGGCAUGUGUUUUCAGCACACAAAAGACUUUUCUUUGUCCUUUCACUUGAAUGUGACCUCGUCGGGAGACACUGGCAUAUUGGUAACAUCGGAUGGGCAACGCUUUCAGGGGAUCGGCAAUAAGACGUGCGAAAGGGCCUGACGAAAGUGAAUCGAAGCAGUGGAAUUCAGAUUCUUUGAACCAGUGUGAAUCACAAAUGUGUGACAUCGACAUUUUCUCGGCCAUGCCGGGUGUGGGUCUACGCACUGUUUGGUGUUCACGCAAAAAGGAGACGGUAUUGUUGAUAUUGUCGCGUGAGACGAAUUUUUUACCUGGAAGCAUUUGUCUCCUUUUUGCGUGAGACAUACGGAGGCGCAUCGGUUGGGACGACGAUACGGACAUGUCAGAUUACAAGUUUGCCAGCCAAGAGGAGGCCGCGAGGUGAAUGCAGCGGUGCAUCAGGGGCUGGACUUUUUGUCCCCCAGAGACGGCUGGCCAGACAGGAAGCAAUUGUGUGUUGCACUCCAGCCAGAGAGACUUGAUCCGCAAAGCCGAUGGGUCUACAUUCAGUGUCAGCUCAGUCGGUAGGGUCCGUAGAUUCAUCAAACACUUCCCGGUAUUGUCUGCUGACAGAGAGGAUAUAGAUAUGGCUAUUGAGAUGGCUAUUGAGAUGGCUGUUGAGUAUAGGGAGUGCGCGAGAGGAGGUGCGUUCGUUAGAGCUCGCCGCUGAGGCAGCAAAGGCCCAGGCCUUGUUGGAAGUGGAGAAAUCAUGAGUGUGUGGCUAUGCGUACGAGGGGGAAGAAGAGGAAGUCAGAAGAGUCGUUGCUUACAGAGGACAAUUAGUAGUUGACUGAUUGACUGGUUGUGGCGAGCAUAGAAUCGGGUGACACUGAUUGAGCUAGGAGAGGGGGUUAGAAUUCAGG